GUGGACCGUAAAGAAAGAAUGAAAAGAACCAAGUCUUAUCUUUUUGCCUUGCGCGUAGCUCUCUUUCUGUAUAUAGGAUCGAAAAGCUACACUUUUUUUUAUACUUAUUUUUUAUGUUUAUGUCUCGAGUGCUCAAUCAUGGCCUAGGCGUAAUGAUGUUAUGAAUACAUCUAAUCAAUGUCUUUUCCUGAACUGUUCUCAGCUCCAGUCCCUUAAAUAUCUCUUAGUAUCCAGUCCUAUUGUUUCCCAUAAAUUUCUCUCACUCCCUCUCUCUUGUUAUGUCAGCUACUGGAACAAAACGAAUCAGCACAAGCACUAGACCAGUUCCGAGAGAUGCCUCAGUUAAUCAAACCGCAGUCAAGGGACCUCACGGUGGUAAGAUCCCCGGGUGCACAACGAGCUGCGGAUUGAGGUUACCGAGGAAGACAGAAGUCACAGCAGCAAGAAUGAUCAAGCAACUUGGCUGUAAAUUUGCAAAAGGUUUGCGUCUGGUGGUGAUGAGGAAGAAGAGGAAAUCUCCACCGUCAAAGGGUUCUUCUUCUUUUUCCUCCGGGAGGUCUCAGCCGUCGAUCAUGCCCAUAAGCAAUGACAAUCAUAGAUCAGAGGCUAUAGAAGACUGCAUAGAGUUCAUCAACUCAUCAUCCUCCUUCAACAGAUCAAACUCUACUUGUUAAGUUUCAUUACUCCCUUUAUAUUGGUGUUCAUUGUCUAUUUGCUUAUGUUGUGAGAAUUACAUGUACUGUCUAUAUAAUAAGUCUAUAUGUGACUUUCAUUGAUGUGUUACUACGAUAGUAGUCUAGUAAAUAUGUGAAAUCAGCUCUCAUUGUCUUCUUGAUUUUUACUCUUUUGGUUUUAAAUUACGUUGUGUUCAUGAUUAA